AUGAGCCACACCUCGUUUUUAACUCGAAGUCCCAUUCCCUCGCAUUCUCAAUAUACCUCGCUCACGACGGCGACGACGAACACCACCACGACGACGACGACGACGAGGAGCCCAGGGACGACAAGCCCAGGCUUUCCCUCGUCAUGGCCGCGCCAAUCUGCAUUGUUUGGUUCAACUUCUAGCCCCUCAACCAGGAGACGUCCAACUGCUACGGACGAGGCUUUGAGAUCAUCGCUGGGAUAUUUCGCUUUCCUGCCCCAGUCAGAUCCUAAGCCCCCGCUGCCGCCUCCUGCCCCAAACACGGGCUCCAAGGCUGCCACCGACACUGCUGAGAGGCUGGGCUCCACCCGGCCACCCGAAACGCCUCAAGGGUGCUCGGAGUCAGAUCGACAAGAACACGGUACAUCGGCCCACACGGCGCGUCUGGAACGCGAGCAGGCUGAGGCUACGCAGGGAGAGUUUGAUUGGGUCCGGUCUGGUGGAAUCCUGCGCGACGCUCGUGGGCGCAGGGACAAGGUACGUACGGAGGCCAUCCACGCCGAGAUUCGCAGGCGGGACGAGGAAGAUGGGAUCAUGCGCACCUGGAAUUCAUAUGAAGAGCGGUGGAGAAGGUUAAGCCGACCCGGGACCGGGACCGACCAGCAUAUGGCCAUACAAUUUCGCGAUAUCCCAUGGCCCCAAGGAUCGGCGGCCGACAGGGAGCUUGGUGUAGGGCCGGUAGGGACGGUGGAGGACCUUGACGUGGAGAGCAUGCAGAGGUUCUUUCUCGCGACGCUCAGGGUGCGGACGAACAGGAUGACGCGCAAGGAGUUGGUCAGAGCGGCGUGGCUCAGGUGGCAUCCUGAUAAACUCGUUUCCGUGCUCGCGCGUGUCGUGCCCGAGGACGUGAGCAUGGUGCAAGAAGGCAUCAGUCUGGUCAUGGGAGGCAGCCCAUAUAUACCGCCGUGCUUCGGCUACAGCUUCUUCUCGUCCGCACGCGCCCUCGAGAGAUGGCACGAGAGCGUGAACAUCGAACACGAGCGCGAGCAGAUCGGCCUAGAUUAG